AUGUUUUGUUGCUGUUUGUUUGCUGACAGAAAGGCAAAAGUCAAUAGUGUGCUGCUAAAUGGGAUUAAUAGAAACAUUUUAAAGUUAUUUAAAUAUCUUAGUUUCUUCAAAAUGUCUAAAUUACCGGAAACAGCGCCAACGGCUGAGCGACCCGUAUACCCUGCAUCGGCCGAACUCGAGCGAGGUCUAGACUUAGUAGGUCUUGGAUGGUAUAACUUGAGGUAUUGCAUGACAUUGUUGCUGGUUCUCUUGUCAUCUGUCAUGGAAACAGUUGGGACAACGAUUUUAUUGCCAGCUGCCAAAUGCGAUUUAAAUAUAUCUGACAAACAACGAGGGCUUGUUUUCUCCAUUCCAUAUAUAGGUAUCUUUUUGACGUCUUACUUCUAUGGCUACCUGGUAGACACCCAAGGACGUAGAAAGAUGCUUAUUUAUACUUCAUUGCUAACGGGAUGCACCAAUAUUCUAGCGGCAUUUAUGCCAAAUUUAUUAACAUUUUCCAUCUGUAAAUUCUUGACAUCACUUUGUAUAUCAGUACCAUUUGCAAUACCUUUCACAUUCAUCGGAGAGAUUGUUCCGGCCCGAUACAGAGAUAUGUUAUUGUCCCUUGUUAACGCGUUGCAGACAGCAGGAGCAAUAUUAGCUUCCUUAAUAGCAUGGGCCAUAAUACCUUUGGACUUUCGGAUAGACGUUGAAAGCCCGAAAUUUUUACUCUCACAAGGAAAACCAGAGGCUGCUCUUAAAGUGUUGCAGAUAAUGUAUGCUGCCAAUAAACGUAAACAGCCUGAAGAUUUUCCUAUGAAAAGUCUUCCUACUCCCCCAACACUUAAAUAUAAAAGUGUAUUUGCAUCAAUGAAGGGACACACCAUGACUUUGAUGAAAUGGCAAUAUUUCAAAUAUUUGCUACUUAAUGGAUCAUUAUUAUUCGGUAUUUUUUUCGUAUUAAAUGGUAUUAAUAUGUGGGUUUUUGAAGUUCUAAAUAGAAUUUUAUCUAACGAUAGUAACGAUAAAAUUGUCUGUGAAGUGAUAAUGGCCCAUCCACAGCACAACGAUGAAGGUUUAUGCGAUGACUCGAUAGACAUAGCAGCGUUCAAGAUAAAUACGAUGGCACAACUAUUCUGCUCAGUGAUAGGCUUGGGAAUUAGUUUAGCAGUCACUUUGAUAGGCAAAAAAUUACUGUUGCUCACUUGUUUUUACCUGAUAGGAGCAUUCUCUAUAGUGCUCAAUCAUGUAACAUGCGAUGUGUUGACUGCUGCGCUUAUAUCGCUGUUCCCUUUAUUAGCUUUAGCCAUUGGACCUGUAAAUGCAUAUGCACUUCAAAUAUUUCCAACCCACAUAAGAGGCAUGGCAGUAUGUGUGUGUAUGAUGGUCGGUCGAUUGGGUUCUAUAAGCGGUUCCGCUUUAACCGGAUGCCUAAUCAACGUCGUCUGUACUACCAUGUUUUAUGGGAAUUCACUGCUACUAAUAGCUUGUGGUUCGCUUACAUUUUUCCAUAAAAAAUAA